AUGAAUCGCUCUCGUCAAACUCGUGCGAUACUUCUUCUUCAUGGCAGCGGUUCAUCUGAUGCUAUUUACAAAUUUCAAACGUCCAGAAUUCGGGCUAUCCUGAAGGACAAGUUUACAUUCGUGUUCGCAAGAGCGCCUCAUCCCUCGGAGCCCGGUCCGGGAGUCCUGCCAUUUUUCGCGAAAAUGCCGCCUUAUUUCACAUGGUUCAGGAAGGGAAUCGAAGCAACAAGACAUGAAAUUGCAAUCUUCAAUCACUGCAUCGAAAACACCGUCCGGGCCUGGAAAGCUGAUAACCCUUCAGGAGCGAUUGUUGGGGUAUUGGGCUUUUCUCAAGGCGCCAUUGCAUCGACGCUACUACUGUGGGAGCAACAGGCCGGCCUCAUACCAUGGCUGCCGGAUCUGGAGUUUGGCAUCUUGGUUUGUUCGGGAUACUCCGAGGCCAUGAAGACGUAUAUGCGGGACCUGGGCAACAACAACCAACGCGAGUGUCAAACCUUGACAAUCAGGUUACCUACUUUGCACCUUUAUGGACGGCAGGACGUAUUCGGCGCUCCAUCGUCUAAAAAGAUGUUUGCAGCACAUUUUGUGGAAGACAGGGCGCGAUUGGAAAGCUUCGAUGGAGGUCAUGAGCUUCCCCGAGACAAAGAUGACCUUGAGAAAAUCAGGGACUUUGCGGUAACUGACCACAUGAUAGUCAAAGUGAGGUGCAUCUGA